AUGGCCAAAAUGUGUGAUUCCUUCCACAAGGUAGGAUAGGUUUCAGUUUCAAGAGCAAGAUUAAAUAUCUUGCACAAGAGGGAUGGGAAGAUCGUGUUUGCAUCGGCUUUUAAAAUGCUUACUGGGACACCAUCAGGGCCUGGGCUAUAAGAUUGACGAAGACGCCGAAUCGCAACGGUCACAUCCCGCAGAGAGAAAGUUAUAUUUUCUAGGACUGCCCCAGUCAGUACCUGUAGUGUCGGAAGCGAAGUGAUCGAGUCUUCAAUGAACGUUUUGGAUAGGAAAUCAUUGAAGCUAUCAGCGGUUAACUGGGCAUCAAAUACGGGAUUUCAGAGAGCGUCUCGGAGGAUGGGAUGCUGCGUCUUUCGCUCAGUUCGUAUUUUUCUAGAGACAAGUUUCGAGACAUUUAAAGUAUGGUUUUCGCUAAACUGUACCUCUUCGGCUAGCUGUUUUUCUUCAGUCAACUUCUUAGCCCGCUCAAAAUUAUCACAAAUCAAGGGCAGGACAGAAACGUCUUUGUGAAGAUGGAAUCGACGAUAAAGUAUGUGCAAUCUGCGACGAAAGGUUAAGGAUGGGAAAACCUCAUCCAAAACAUUAAUAAUUCUCUUACGGGGCACGAAACGAGAAAUAAGUGGAUCCAAAAUGUCGUACAGUUUUGCAGUUCAAACAUUUAUAACCGAACUUAGGAAGAAAUCAGUCCAGUCGUAGGAAUUAAUAUGUUGUAAAGAAGAUGAAGAUCCGAUCUCUGGGACAGUGGGUUUAUUAGUCUGAGCUUUCGGUCUCGUACAGGAGGCCAUCGCUCUCACUCAUAUCUCUCCCCCCCCCUUCAUGGCGUGACUACAAAAACCGCUCAUUUGAUGUUGCCUUCUCACAGUCUCUGACGAUGGCCUCCUGUACGAGACCGAAAGCUCAGACUAAUAAACCCACUGUCCCAGAGAUCGGAUCUUCAUCUUCUUUACAACAAGAACCUGGGAUUCGCAUAUUCGCUUCCAUCCGUGAAUUAAUAUGUGUUAACAAUUCGGUUGAUCGAGUUCAUAGGAAACCGCAGAAAAAGUUAUGCUUUGGAAACAACGUUUUAUCGGCCUCGAAUUCCAACUUUGAAACAACUAUGUCAUGGUUUGAGCUCCCGAGUGGGCGAAGAGAUGACAAUGACGUUGGCAUGCAGCCUCUACAGUAAAUCAGGUCAAGUAUGCUUGAUCCUCGGGUGAGAAAAUCGACAACCUGAGUCCACAUUCCAACAUCCAAAGCCUGAAGACAUUCUUCGAACUUUCUGGGGCCUGAAGGCGGAGACCAGAGAACUUCAGGGAGAUUUAAAUCACCCGCAACUGAUUGAUACUUAAAGCGUAAGUCGGUCGACUUUACCGUAUUUUGCUUUUUCCUCUUUGUCCAUAUUCUCGACCGUUCCGGGCUCAAUGCCCCAGUUUAAUCUAGCAACACAUUUCUCGAUAUUUCUUGUAAUUUAUUCAUAUUCGAAUCUCUUGGACGUUCUUCAUAGCAGUUGGACGCUGUUCUAAUAGUUGACCUUACACGAGCCUCCUCAGAAAUCGAACUUCAAUACCAACGCUAUAUUUUUGCACCUUCGCACAUUUUUAAGGUAGGCAACAAAAUAUUCCGUGGUCACUUACUUUGGGAUGAACUAAGUCGCAGCAGAAAUGUUAAGGAACUUUGACAUUUAUCCUCCCUUUAAUAACCUGUGUCGACUGGCGCCUAUUUCGUUUUGGUGUAGGGGUUGCGUUUUGUUUUUUCAUUUCUCUUUAUGGUCCGUAGUAACCAGCCAAACUACUGUUUCCGUAUUUCUGCUGUUGAAAUUGCAGUUUUCUAUUCUAAUGACAGCAUAAGAUUUUGUUCGUCUAAUUCUCACUCGCAUAUAAUGGCCGCUUUGCGAUCUCUGACACGAUUUUUAUUUGCAUGUAAUGGAAAGAAUAAUAAACUAGGCAUCAGACUUAGUUUGCACUCGUUAUUACUUCACUGCAGUCUUUAGAACUUUCAGGGAUUUGUUGCGAACGUAGUGACGAACGCAUUUAUUUUGAGCCUACAGCUGUAGGCUGUAGGUACCUUUUGCUAUCCUAAGGUAGCAAAAGGUACCUUGGAGCAUUGCUGGUUGCUAUUCUGAAGGCUAAUUUGUAAAUAUGUUAAAGAUCGUGGCGGCACAAUGAUUAGAGUCUGGUCCUGGUCCUAGGCCUGAUGCCGAUCUGUUCAGUCUUGCCGGUGCGUGGUAAAGUAGUCGGGAGCAGCCACCUCGGUCAGACCCGCGGAAUCUUCUGCUGUCAGUAGGAUGAACACAUCAGCUUUUUCGUCCUUUUAAACAAAAAAUCAGGUUUCUUGCCCUCAUGACAAGUAAAAUGGAGGAAUGACCGCGAGUGACCUAAAGUUUGGCGAAACUAACACCUUAAGCCCAUCACCCGUUAAAGUAGUUGGACAGUCCACCUGUGCAUGUGAGAGCUGUCAUCUCUGCACACGGGAGGCAUCCGUUCUCUGCUUGUGUUUGGUCAGUCUUGUUCACUCCCCAUGCUCUGUAUUUGUUUUGCCACUCGCGUCUUCAUUGAAUGGCUACAGUUUGUGAGGAAUGCAGCGUCGAUUGCGCGCUUCUUUCUCCCCAAAUGAGAUGUCUCGCUAUGUAAUGUGUCGACUUGAAGAAAAAAAUCGUCCCGCUCGCUUGGACUAGGCCCUGGAUUGCGACUAUAUCGAGAGGAACACCUGAAAACUUCGGUAGAUAUGACUCCGUCCCUUUGGUCCGCGAGGCAGGCGUGCCAAUUAACUACACUUCACUCGGGAGUCUACAACAGACCGACUCCGGUGGAAGCUAUCGUUCUUACCUUGACGAGCCUGGAACAUGGGAUUGACUCAAUCGGUUAUGCCGAAUGCCAUUUUAAUCACAGGUUAACCACAGAAAAUGACACUUGUUCUUCCUCGUGAUGCGGUUACAUACGUCAUGCUUCUUCCUCUUCAUCCUGACCCUGGGUGCUGAUAGCAUGUAGAAAAGGGUCCUUGUGAAGAACUGCGGGUCGUCCCUAUGUUUGACCUUAUCGUUGUGGCCGAUUGGAUUUCCUAGACGCGAAAGUGUUGUUUAUCUGCGAGGCGGUUUCUCCACCACUACGCAUCGGGGGACCGUUGUCCGGAUGAUGAAGAGCCUAUUAAUUUUGCUGCGCUCGACCUCUUAGUCGUUACGAAUAUAUUUUUCCGGCAUUCCAGGAGAUUUCUGGUCACCUGGCACCCAAGCGGUGACCACUCUCAAUAUAAGCCCGACUACAUACCUGCCUGGGCCCGCUGGAUCAGCUCAUGGAUGGACUCUGGCACAGUGCGUAGGGCUGUAUGCAUGAUUCUCGGUUGUAGUUGAGGCUGCAUGUUGUCCAGAAGUCACUGCCUACGAAGCUAUGCAGUAUUGGGCGUCUCAAGGAUCAUAGCAUUGUCGCCGGCAUCCGUGCGGCUAUAUCCAACCGCCUGGUCGCCCUGACACAGACAGCAUCUGCCUGUAAGGCGUAUUCCAUUGAAGCCAACUGGCUGCAACUGAAAUACGUUUUCCAGAGUAACUCACGAGAAUUAUUCUGCCACAGCAGGUGCGACUGUAGGAAUUUAUUAUCUACUGAAACGGUCCCACUGACUGAAAGUGCAGAAGCGUUUUGCAUUCAUGGCGAUCCGUCCUUCAUGCCUGCAACGUAUUCUGGUGUUAGACUGCCUGUGAUCUGGAGUUCACAUCAACUACUGUAGAUACGUGAUGUCUACCGGAUUUUCUGGAGUAUACGGUCUCAAAGCCCGUCCUGCUGUGAUUGACCCGGUGGAAAGGAUGUUUUAUCCAACUGCUGAGCCCGCUAAUUCGGGUUUUUUAAUACUGAAACCAGUUUAAAAAUAUCUUGGUGACCAAACAUAUUUAAGGUUGCAGCUGAUCCUCUACGUGGGAUAUCAUUGAGGUGAUAUCUUAGUUUAAGUACGGCAGAAUUCUAAACGAGUACUGUCUCUCGGCAAAAAUCCACACUUCAUGUUACAACCUGAUGGGUUACAGGUCUUCUCACUCACAUUUUGAAGAAUGUAGUCUUAGCUGGGGUUGCCGUGUACUUUCACCGACUUACAAGGACGGCAACAGUAAACUGUAGGGGGGGGGGGAGUGAGACAAGCGGUAAGUCACAAUUGUAACCGACGUCCACCAUUGGCCUUCCCUUCGUCUUUGUUUUGGGCCCUGUUGCUUCAUAGUUCUACACCUUCAUUGCGAACAGUCCGAACGGUCUGAUCAUACAGUGUUAUUGGUUGCUUUCACUGACUACCGCACUGAAACACGCCAAAACAGCCAAGACUGUCUUUAACUCGUACAAUGUAACACGCCACUCAAGCGUGACCUAACACUUCCAGCCCACACCCUGGCCUCACCAACUGCCACCACCAGCCGAAACAGCAGUUUGGGGUUCCGUUCUGAAGAAAUCUCUUAUCCGUAUGUCAUCUAUCUUCUCCUGCCGGCAGAGACUUGAACUGCUAGUUGUAAUGGUUAAAGUGAACCUGUCACACCGGCUUAAACUAUGGACAUAUCCCAGUCACUAUGAUCUUCAGGAAUAGAAGUUUGACGCCAGCUGAUAAAGCAUUAUAUUCUUUACAAAAUGAAUGAAGAAUAGGUUGGACCAAGUUGGCAGCGCGGAACUCGGAAGACAGCCCGAUUAGACUCCACGUAUAUUCAAGUGUUUUGUUCAAUACCGAUCUUCUUUACUGCCAAGGGCGUAGCACUUGUAGUAGAGCUAGCUUAUGAUUCAGUUGGUGGUACUAUUCGACUAACCAGACUAUUUUUGUCAUAAGAAAUAAAACGAGUUGGCAACAGUGCAGUUUCUUCUUACGCCGUUAAUCGCUAUGCUGAAUUCGACAAGGCUGAUGUGUCAAGCAUUCUAGUCCCCGUCAGCUCACAUGAGAACUAAGUUCCUUUUUAAGCAUCCGGACAGAUUUUCUACUUCCUAAGUUUAUCAAGCUUAUAAGCCCGGAGCUUAAAAGAGCACUUACAGUCAGUAACCAAUCUCAUAAAAUGUUCACCGAAAUUGUGAAAUGCGUUUUGGAUCUGGAUUGAUUAUUUAGGUGCGGUCAUGAUAUUUAUCAUCAUGCAGCAUAAUCCCAAGAUAUUUCAGUCACGUCAACAUAUCAGUCUUUGAAUGCACGUCUUUUUGGCCGCCUGUAGAAAUUCCACUCGGCAGAAUGGCUACUAAGGUGAUAUAAUUUUUUCCCAUUGAUCUUCGGCGCCAGUAUAAAUGCAAGUGUAUUUUCUAAUGACGUAGUUGAGUAUUCAUCUUUGUGUUCAUUUGGCAUAUAUCACGUCUUUUUCAACUUCUGCAUUUUUAAGAGGAUUUGUUUUGGUUUUAAUAGCUGUUGGAUUCCCGAAUGAUUUUGGACCCGAUCUGCUGUUGCGUUUGCGUUUAGGGUUUACAGUCCACAUUUUAUAUGCUCUUCACGUAAGGGACCAGAGAAUCUAACUACUUUAAUCCCUGAAAACGAUGUUCUUAUUCUGCAAUCGAUCAACAUUCGUGUCCUGUGGGCAGCUCUUUCUCUCUAUUUAGAUACACAGUGUAAUACAGGUACGACCUGGUACGCCUCCGUUCUAUUUCAUUUUCCCGUUCCAUUUUUAUCGUUCACUUUGUCAUUCAACGUCAUCCUACUGACGCUUAAAUUUUUAGACACAAUCUAUCUUGAUGGCAUACACUAUCAAUGGAUGCUGGAUCCCGAACUCUGAACUUCAGGAUUUGCACUCCUGCUCCCCAUCCACAUGCACCUUUUGCCCUCCGUCCUCCAUGAAGACUUUCCGUUGUCCAUUUCCUAAUUUGCCUUCUCCGCGUAUUGUCUCGGUUAAGUGCGGUCGCUCAGUCACCGCAAAUGCUUAUGAGUGGGAGUUACCGAAUCAAAACUGUACGCCCGGUAAGCCCCGGUGCACAUCCCCCUUUUGUGAAUAAGUUAUGGGGGAUCAUACGAAGAUCUCCCUCAAUUAAUGUUUCGAUUAGUACUCGAUAAGAGGUUAUUAGCGGUUUUGAGGACCGCCAUAGCGUUGAUGAUUAGCAUUUUCAUCAUAUCGUUUGUCGGCUGCUCUUGCUGCGUCAUUUUAUUAUUAUUAUUAUGAUUGCAGUGUGUUUUCAUAGGUGUCCCCUAAAUGUCCAAACCAACUGUUGCUUUUUGCUCUAUUUUGCUCGAAAAAACAGUCCAAGUUAGCCAAGACCUCCUGGAUACAGACUGCGACCUUCAGCUUCGCCACUCGCCGACCGCCGUAGAACAUGUAUUUUGUUUGUAAGUAGGUUGUCAAGGCAUUUGACUUGCGCCAGAAGAAGAUAGUCACAACUUUCCGGCGACAAGUACAGGCCAAACUGACUGGCAAUCGGGUAGGACGCAGUUACAGACGACGUCCGUCUACACACGCUGUGACACGAUGGUAAUGACACUAGGCGUCGCAAACAAAUUUACAGGCACUGAAGAUGUGUGCCUUUACCCUAAUAUUUGUUUAUUCUGUUAAUUUGAAUAUUUGUCGGGUUGUCGCUGCUGAACUCAGUGCAACUUCUUGGAAUCCGACACAGAGCUGGGAGUCUAUGGAAGUUAUUGGGGAAUGACUGUCUCAUGCACUUGUGUAUUUCUUACGAAUAUCGGCUCAUUGCAGUGAUUGUCCAUCUCUUGUUAUUACAUACACUCCAUUAUUACUUAUCUUACGCAGCCAUUGAGGAAGGAAGUAGACUGGCAUAGCACUGGAAUCAUUUGUUUAUUUGUUUGGGCUUUCGAACUCGUGCAGGAGUCCAUCGUCAGAGAUGACAGCGAUAUUUACAGGGGAUGUCUGCCAAUAAAGGUUCGGUGACGCAGGUUUGGUGGUGGCUGCAGAGGGCUUUAUACGCCGACGGAAGAUCAGUACAUGGAUUGAUUGAGUUCUCGUCAGAUGCCCAGGUUUCAAUGGAUUCUCAGCAAGUUUUGCUUCCGGCGUGGGUGAUUAUCUUGGUGGCCGCUAAUUUGAACUUGUGACUCCUCUCGAAUGUGUGGACAGCCACUCACGGUAGUUCGUCAGCCCGUUGCACAGCCAGCCCAUGUUUGCGUACGCACGAUCCGAGCAGACGUUCUUUUUGGCCUGUGUAAUUACAAGGGCAGUUUGGGUACUGGAUACGAUACACCACACCUGACGGCUUACUGAGAUGUAGUCGAUCCUCGCUACUAAAUAGCCUGCCGUGCAUUCUACGUCACUAUUGAAGUUGAAAUGCCAGUUGCGAGUUUUUUGAACACCUCCCUUCCUUUUAGUCCAGGUCUUUUGACUCAACCUUAAACACCACCUGUCUUGUUGGCAUGUUGUCGCAUACUGGUUGUGGGAACCCUCAUUUCUGACUUCACAAACACUAUAACCACACAAAAUAACGACGCCUGACAGAUGCUCGCACCCAAAACUCUAUAACUUGUCAGUCCUUUUAUAACAUUUGACUUAUUAGGCUGCCAUGACUUGAACCUAAUCUUUCGGGCUCAAGGUUCCCCUGUUUAAACAUUCCGUUUUUUCGUAAAGUUUCUCCGAAUUUGGUCUUUUCUUUUGCCGCAAUUGUUUUUAGUUCUCGAGAAAACCGUUUACUUUUACGGCUCUCUGUACGCCCUUCGGCAAGAGCAACAGUCCCUCGAGUUGGCCCGUCAGGCUGCAUUGAACGUCCGCGCAAGGCCCUUUAUGUCUCUCUCCAUCGGAAUGUCGGCACUCAGCAUAACCCUUGUGCUGCUGAUGAUUUUAUACGUUUUUUAUAAAAACAACCGUACUGCUACCGGCGGCGCCCGUGCCACACGCAACAGACACCGGACCGACAGGCGGGGUAGCCGUCGGAUUCGCUCGGACCGACAGUCUGUGGGCGUCCAGGCGGAGCAGUCUAAUUUAGUACUCGAUGCAACCGCAGCCAACGCCAGCAUUCCAGGAGGUCGUGCGUCUCGUCCCCGGUCCAGACGCACUACGCAAGUCAGUGAAGUGAGUUUCUUGUUACUUCAACCAAGGACCUCACUUACCUUUAUCAUCUGACAGACUGCCAUCAUUAGGCAUCCUACUUAAUUUCAUAGGGAAUGUCAACGUUUAUUCAAUUCUUACUCAAAGGUCUGGUCGGGUGCGAUGUCGCCGGCAGCUCUUAAUUUCGUCUUCCACGUGUGCCAUUUUGAUCUCCCAACUGGAGCUCCAAAACGAAAUGAAACGUCUGUAUUCCAUUCCGCAGUCAGAAGGAGAGGGUUGAAGUCAUUUUUUAUGACUGUAUAGUCCUGACCGAAAACGGAAAAGCUUAAGGCCUUGACUCUUCGGUAAAGCACUUUUCUUGACAGCUGAAAAGUCCGAUCUACUGGCUGAUGACGGUCAAUGGGCGGGAAAUUACCUGUUCAGCCGUCCCGGAAUUUGUUGGCUCUAUGUCCUAAUCAGUUUUUACAUGGUUUUCCGGUCUCCGCUUUAUGUCUCGGCCUGCUGAUGGACCAUGAUCGGCUGUCAAGCAUGCUGCGGCGGACCUGCCUUCACUUGUGACGCCGUGGCUUUCUCUCAUAUAAUCUUUCAACGUUAUGUCUGUUUUCCAUGAAUCUGUCAUCGCCUCACCUUUAACUUUAUGUCUGUCCUAUUUAACCAGUCUUACUGGAAUUUUUAUUUUGCAACUUCAUCAUCUUUUGCAUCUAUUUUGCGUCCUCUUCGACCGAUGUUAGUAGUCAAAGGUUCCUAGUUCAUGUCUGCAAUGUCAGUAUUUUUUCCUUUUAUGAUUUGGUUGACUCCCUUGCUUUGUCUCUAGGGUGGACUUAACACUGGCUUCUAUGACUCUGAGGCCCUUCUCGGACAUGAUGAAGCGCUAUCGAUGGCGGCUGAUGAGGAGGAUGAGAGAUGCACACAAACGCGGCGCCUGUCUAGCAACACGCAUGCUGAGACGCCUCUGCGCACCCCUCCGGGCCCCCCGACCUCUCCGCCGAGGUAGGCUUCUCUUUGACAAGCCUCCCCUCUCCAAUUUGCAGAAUCUAUCGCCGUCAAAACGGCGGGCCGAAGGGCAAAGGAGUCCAUACUAAUGACCUUUUUAAGGCUCGAGGUCACCAUUCUUUGGCACACGUUUUGCAUCUAUUUUACGCACAGUCAUCAUGCACUUCACAACGCUUCUUUCCCUGCGUUGCAGGUAUCAUCAAGUUGAUAAGUUUUUAGCCUUGCUUGUUGUGCAAACUAUAGUAUUUUUAAAUCCGUUCGUUGCCUAAAUUACGAGUGCCGAUUGAAUGAGCUUCUAUGCACCAAAUUACAAGGAAUAUCUUGGAAACUGAUUUUAUAUGUACUCUUUGUCUGACAAUACCUGAUGUCUUUGUUGGAACUGAAUUUGGAUUCUGUCACCUGCGAAACAGUAGGUCAUAAUGCUGCGGUUUGGUUGGUAAUCCACCUUACUGUCCGAAAAGAGGUCGUGCUAAUAACUCCAGCAUUUGACGCCAAUGCAGUUUUAGAUUAUUGCAGUCCACAACUCUCAUUCAUGAUUACUCUCAUGGAUUGGCUCGAAUUUACACAAAACAUGUUGAUUUAAUCUUUGCCUCAUGUGAAGAUCACUUUGCGUACAUUGUAGGGUUUACCAAAGGCGUUAGCCCACUCACUGAUUGGUUUAUGGGAUUUCCCAUACUCGUUUCUCGGCUGUGUGCCUAUGCGAUCAUGAAGCCGAUCACAGGUCUUUAGGUCAGAACUACCGCAAUGCAUAACUGUCAACAAGCAAAUUAUUUGAAAUUUUCAGUUGGGAUAAUAGCAGGCGACAUUCUGUUUGAGAGUGUGGUUGUGCUUCAGACUCGUGCUCGGGCACUUUGCGAAUGCUAGCUUUUACUGCUUCGCUGUCGCCCGCCACAAGGCCAUAUCCGCUGGUCUCUCUGCGCAAGUCGACAUGGGUGGUUACCUAAGUCGACUGUUCAUUUGACUAUAGGGCUUGGCUGUGGCAGUUAUGACGAUGCCGGGCGAAGUCGGAUAGAGGAUGUCUCAGAGUCGGAUCGGUUUAAACCUGUCUGUUUAUAAGACGAAGAGGCGAUCACAGGAACAAGAAAUUUAUUGGCCUGACGUUUCGGAUUCUCACUCGAAUCCAUCAUCAGGGACAUCCGCCUGUCUGUUUAUCUAGUCCGUCAGAGCCCUCGAAAGAAUUAACCCCACCCCAGGGCUUAUGAUGAGCUUAUGUCUGCUGAUGGCGAAGAGUCGUUUUUGAGUUUUCCGGUUUUAUUUAGAUGAUCGCUUUGCAGUUAAUUGGACGAACGCCACCUAACCAGUCUACUUUGCCUAGAUUGUUCAACUUAUUUCAAGAAUUUGUCAAUCAUACGUCAACAAACUAAGUUGGACUAACAAGCAUGCAGCGUAGCCGCCCUCUUGUGGAAAUUAAUUUAGCUGUAAUAGGAGGGUUCCUUUUCUGACUAUCGUAAGUUGAGGUCAGUUAUCGCCAUUUAGCGCAGUUGGCCACCGCGAUACCUUUCCGCUUACUCCCCGUGUCUUGAUAAAUUAGAAUUUUUGGGACUUUUGGGUCCUCGCUGGACCUUGUUUACCCAUUUCCUUAUGACUUUUUCCUUCGCUCGGUCCUAGCCAACGCGUUUUUGUCGGCGUACCAUGGUUGCCUUCCUAUGUGGACGCUACGAAGACCGGUAUGUACUGCAUUGUCAAAGAUUCACGCACUCCACCACCGGACUACGCGUCAAACGUGAGCCAUGCAGAUCUAUCCAAUGGCAUUGAAAAUGACGGACUGAGCACCUCGUGGGAAUGCGACUCUUCAUCGGCGACCGGCAUCCAGAGGGCCCACACAACUGGCAGUUUGCCCGACUUUCCGCAGCCUCUCGACUCCUCCCCGCCCGCCAGUGGACGUUCAUCACAUGGCGACUCAACCCAUACGGUAUUCACCUAUUUCCCCUACUACGUCAGGUUACAUGCAGUCGAGUUUCCAGUGGAAAAGUUGAUUCAGAGUUGUUUCUUUCGUCUGAAAGCCUAUAAGCGUGAUAGUCCUGCAAUGUUUAUACCAGAUUCGAAGACAGGGAAGCGAGGGUUUUAAGGUUUAUGCGAACGUUUGGGUUAGCUGCCAUUAAACGCGCAACGUUUUAGCCUAAAAUGAGGAAGCUUGUCUUGCUUACUCAUAUUAUGGAUUGCCCAUGACUAGCACGUCUUCGACAACUUUGGUCGCUCGCCUGCUGGCUUCUAUUCCGGAUCUUGCGUAAUUGAACCACACACAUGAGGUGACUGAACAAACGUGAAGAAAUGAGAUCGUUCCUGAUCGUUCAUCGUGAGUCCCUUUGACGAAUAAUGAAACUUGGUGGUAUGCCGGCCGAAAUUGUUGUCAUGAUCAAGACCUACUACCGCUCAACCACCGCGCAAGUUCUAGUUCAUAGCGGUCUCUCCCAGGUGUUCGAUAUUCGGUCUGGCAUUCAGCAAGGUUGUAGCCUCUUGCCAAUUCUGUCGAACUUCGCCGUUGAUUGGAUUCUCAGGAACGCCCUACGCGAAGUUGGCGGUGUUGAGUUCGCACUCGGCCGCCGGCUGCCUGUGCUCGACUACGCCGAUGAUAUCGCUCUCCUAGCUUCAGGCCUUGGCGAUCAGCAGUCCUUUUUGUUACGAAUGAGUGAGGUCAUAAAAUUCGUCGGUUUAUGCAUAAACGCUGGGAAGACCAAAGUGUUUUCAAGCUGUGUCGCUGACCUGGAUAAGGCACCUCUUGAGAUUAGUGACUGUCGAUUUGAAGAUGUAGACAGUUGCAGGUACCCCGGGGGAGGCUGUUGCCGAAUGGGCAGAGUAAGGACUCCAUUGUAUCCCGGAUUAAGGCUGCCCACCGGUUUCUUCAAGCCGUAGGAAGCGUCUAUAGACCUGACGCGACAUCUCCAUCGUAACGAAUGUUCGCGUGUACCUUGCAUCCGUCCGACCAGUCCAUCUGCACGGUUGUGGAUGCUGAGCCGUGCGUGUGAAUGAUUAGCGAAAACUGGCGGUACUUGACUGCCACUGCUUGAGGACCGUCCUCCGAGUGAAGUGCACUGAAUUCGUCCCAAAUGAGACUGUCCGCACUCCCUGGACAUCGAAAGGAUGUCUCAGGUCAUUCAAGAAAGACGGCUGCGGUGGUUUAGACACUUUCUUCAUUGUCCACCUCACGAGCCCAGCGUUGCUACCUCCGACCUGGCGCUGUCAUCCACUUGGAAACGUCGUGGAGGGGUCAACUCAAAAUCUGGCUGGACAAAGUCAAGACAUACAGGUGGUUCUCGGACCACUCGUGACUGAGACUUUUCUUUGCGCUACAGGACUUAAUAGGUUGCUAGCGACCCAACGGCUUGGGAUCAGCUCAUUGAAGGUUUCGGUGUUUGGUGAGGGCCAGUGUUAAAAUGUCAAUGGUAUAAGGACAGUUUUUUUGCCAGACAAGAAACAUCGUCUCUUUUUUGUAAUUUCAUGUUCUUAUUUCAUUCCAGGGGUCUCCGAAUGUCGUGUAA